UUAAGUUCUUCCACCAGCUUCCUAGAUUAGACUAACGCACGCCCACAAGCCUGCACUAAUCCCACAUUCAAGUACUGAGGCAGCAUAAAAGUUCAUACUCACAAAGGAGACAUAGCGGUACAAGAAUGAGCAACUUUGGGUACCACAAACAGCUUGGCAAGUAUGAGGACAUUGAUGAAGAUGAACUUCUGGCCUCCCUGACACUUGAAGAAAUCCAGGAGCUAGAGAAGGUUAUGGCUGAAAUAGAGCCGGAUACGAACAUACCAACUGGGCUAAGGCAAGAGGACCAGACGGCCAAGCAGCCAACGGGUACUUUUUGCCGAGAGGCUCUGCUGAAGUACUGGGAGGACGAGACUCACAGAUUGUUAGAGGACAGCAUGGAUGAGUGCCAGACAGAUAAGAGCGAAGAGGAAUGUGGCAGUGAAGAGCCUGAGGAUAACGAAGAGGAGGGAGAGCAACAAAACUGGGGGCUCAGAACAGGGGCCGAUGGAGAGAAACAAACUAGGUCAAGCAAUUGGAAUUUUGUGGACUUGUCCCAGUUAGAUUGCAAGAGGAAUGGUCAAAAACCUAAAGGCAUUCAUAAAGGCGCCCUCCACCAUCACAUUACACCAGAGAGGUCAAGUGGUAACCCUACUGAUAUUGUUAAGACCUUGGAGAACAUCUUGAGUGAUGACACCUCUUUGAGCGAAGUUAAUCUAAACAACAUUGAGAACAUAUCCCAAGAGGUUUUGGUGAGCUUUGCUGAUGCCUUAACCUCCAACACUCACGUUGAGGUUUUCAGCCUUGCCAACACUCAUGCGGAUGACCAAGUAGCUUUUGCCUUGGGCAAAAUGCUGAAAAAGAACUGCAGCAUCACCAACCUUAAUGUUGAGUCCAACUUCAUUUCAGGCAAAGGUAUCCUGGCUUUGAUUGGCUCACUUCAGCACAACACAACACUAGUGGAGCUCCGUUUCCACAACCAGCGCCACAUCUGUGGAGGCCAAGUGGAGAUGGAAAUGGUGAAAAUGCUGAGGGACAACACCACUUUGUUGAAACUGGGAUACCACUUUGACUUACCAGGCCCAAGGAUGAGCGCAACAGGUAUUUUAACCCGCAACCAGGACCGCCAGAGGCAAAGGCGGCUAGAACAAAGAAGGGAACUAGACAAUCUAGAAAGAAGUAAGGAACAAUCAAAGAUGUUGGAUACUGUGGACAAUACGAAGUCCCUUCAUUUCCAGAUUCCAGAUGCUACACAAGGAAAGCAGCACUUGGUCUCUUCUCACUUACCAAACCCACACAGUCAACCAAAGGUUGUGAAUAACGUGCCAACUAGAAAAAUUGCUGAAAUGGUCAAGCAACAAGAAGAAACAGCAAUGGACAGUAUCAAUCACAAAGGACACAAACUCACAGGGGACAAACAUGGCAAGAAUAUUCUUCAACUUGAAAACCCAGUACCUUUAAGAAGAAAAGAUGACAGAAAGAGUCUAGCAAGCACCCAGAGGUCAACACGUGAUGAUCUACUAGCAGCUAUUCGUGGAAGCAGCAUGGGUACACUACGAAGGGUCACCAAUAACCAUCGUUAAGGUAUAAAACGCCUCAUAAAAGAUGAAUCUGUAAAACAACAGAACACAAAUGAAAAUGUUUGUUCUCUUAUCUGGGACUGAAUCUGAACUACAUUAUUUAUACAUGUAUUCAAACAUGAAAAAGUGUUUUUUUGUAGUUUUUUUUUUUUAAAUCGCAUCCAACAUAAAGGUUUUUGUGUACGUGUGUGUCUACUGUGUAUAUUUAUUAUCUAUAUAGAAAUACACACACAUGCAAGUAUAUAUUUAAGAAAAAUGUUGUUUAUAUAUUUAACAUAUAUAAUACAAAUAUAAUAUAAAUGUAAAUGUAUACAUAAAAAUAUUUUCAAAAUAUAUACUGUAUGUGUGUCUCUUUACACAUACACAAUAUGCACAGUCCACACACAAAUAUAAUAUAAACAAAAACUUAUUUUGGAUGCGAUUAAUCGCGAUUAAUCAUUGCCAACAUUAGUUUUUUGGUAACCUCUUUCCACCAACAAAAUAUUUUGCUCAUUAAGUACAGGUAAGCACAGCUGCUUAGUAACUUAUAGCAUAUAGGAAAGAAUAAAAUCCAAAAAGAAAAUACUUACAUUGAAAGCCGACUGCCAUAAUUCAGACUCCAAUGAAUUGGUCAAGGUUGAUCCAGUUUGAUCCAUAAUUUCGGCCAUCAAAGAUACAGGUAUAAAAGUAUUAUGGUAAAAAUAGGUUUAAAAAAAAAAAAGUAGGUUAUUAAAAAGAAAAGCACUGUAUCUCAGGUUUGUAAAUAUUACCAUUUAUUUAAGUAUAGAAUUUAGUGUUUUCAUUCCACAUUCCAACCCUCUUGUAACAUCUGAUGUCAAUUUUACAUUUUUUUCAGCACUAUCCUUACAGGACAAGGACAGCAAAUUCAGUUCAGACAGACAAUACUGUUAAACCAGCAUUAAUUGUACACAAAGGUUUGUAGUUUUUUUUUUUUCUCAUGACCUUAAAUGUAGUUAUCAGUCAAGCAUUGACCUGUAAAAGCUUCUAACAAACGGAAGUUUAAUUGCUUUUUUUUUUUCUUU